AAGUGGGACAUCGCAGAGGAAGCUUCUCAACUCACCAAAAGAACAUUUGGAGUUGCACUAUAGCACUAGACACUCCCUGAGAAGAUUUAAAAAAUAAAGGAAAGAGCCUGAACUGAUGAUUAAGACCAGUGAGAAAGAGGCACUGAACUGAGUGAAUAACCUCACCGACACUGGUCGAGUUUUGCAAAUCAGCCUUGAAACCCAUCAAACCAUCUGAACCAUGAAGCUUCCUGGGACAAUCAUUCUUGCAGCAGCCACUGAAGACUUUAACAGUUCCCUGCUGAUUCCACUACCUGGAAAUGCAACAGCUGCACCAGAGUCAGUGUCCAUGUUGUCAGCUUCCCAGACCUAUGGUGGUGGGAGUCAUUGCUUCAUAUGUGCAGACAGAGCCACGGGUAAACACUACGGUGCGUCUAGCUGUGAUGGCUGCAAGGGAUUCUUCAGGAGAAGCAUUCGCAGCAACCAAACAUACAACUGCAGGUUCAACCGGCAAUGUGUUGUGGACAAAGACAAAAGGAACCAGUGUCGUUACUGCAGACUGCGGAAAUGUUUCAAGGCUGGAAUGAGAAAGGAAGCUGUUCAGAAUGAGAGAGACUGCAUCAACCCCCACAGAGUCAAGGGACAACCAGUAGGAACUCUGUCCAUCAACGUGUUGCUGCAGGCGGAGAACAGCGUGCAACAGAGUCAUGAUAUCAGCACCAAGAAAACAGCCUGUGUGGGAGACGUGUUUGAAUCAAUGAAGCAACAGCUCCUCCUGCUGGUGGAAUGGGCCAAACAUAUCCCAGAGUUUUGCAGCCUUCACAUAGAUGACAGGGUAACUCUUCUACGAACCCAUUCUGCUGAACAUCUGAUUCUGGGGGCAGCAAGACGAUCGCUACCCUAUAAUGACGUCAUUCUUUUAGGCAACGACUUUGUGAUCCCCCUGAGAGGAGCUGAGUUGGAAGUGUCCAGAGUGGCUAUCAGAAUCCAGGAGGAGCUCGUCAAGCCUCUCAGGGAACUGGACAUUACAGACAAAGAGUUUGCUUGCCUCAGAUCCAUAGUUUUCUUUGCCCCAGACUGUCCAGGCCUGGAGAACUCUCAGGUGAUCCGAUAUUUGCGUCUCCAGGCCCACGUUCUACUAGAGGAAGCGACGUGUGAUCAGAGAGGAAGGUUAGGAGAACUUCUGCUGAUUCUUCCUGCUCUGCAGAGUGUUUCCUGGCAGAUGGUGGAAACGCUCCAUUUGGCAAAGCUGCUGGGUGAAGCCAGAUUGGACAGCCUGCUGCAGGAGAUGCUGCUUGGAGAGGGAACAGCAACAAAUCAAGGGCAGGGUGCCGGCAGUAUCCUGAACUGUGAGCGUCAGAAUGACCUCCGACCUUCUCCUGCCACCUUCACCUCUGAGCUCCCGGGCUUCAACUAGUCUUACCGUCGUCCUGCUGCCCACACAGACUGGCACUGAGGUGUCCAGCCAUGGAGAGGCUGCCAAUGUGCCCACGUUGUACCAAAGGUCUAUGUCCGCUACAAGUAAACACCUGUUGAGGAAGCAACAAUUCAACUGAAGGACGAGUGGAGUCCUACAAGGCCUUCAGAGUAACACAAACAGGCAUAUAGAGACUCAACCACAAACUCAAUAAUGAAACAAAAACAUCUAGAAAUAAACAAGUUGCUUACUCCAGCUAGCAUUUAUUUAACUAAUGUUUUAAAAUAUAUAUAUAUAUAUAUAUAUAUAUAUUGCUUUUUUUAAAUAAAUUUGAAAAGUGAAGUUUCAAAUACGGGCAGGAAUCAAACAACUGAACUGAUCAUAUUUAGAAUAUCAUCAAGGAAAAAAAAAAGAGGAAAAGAGUAUUUCUGAUAUUGGAGUCACUGAACUGAAGUGAACUGUGUUGUCCAGCAGAGGGCACUAAAAUGCUGUUAUUUGACAUUUUCAAAAGAUUGAUUUUAUAAAUGAACACUAGGAAAUAAAUAGCUUACUUUUAAUUUCCCUUAACUGCCUCUUUAUACACACAAAACAGACAACAUAACUUCUCUAUAUUAAAAGAGAAUUCUCUUUUAAUAGAGAGAAAUUGAGAAUUUAUGUUUUUACCAAAAUCUGAGUCUUCGGACUAAAUGCUAGCAAAAUAGUCUAAUGUUCUGUGGUCAAAUAUUAAGAAUAAGCCCAGCCUAGUACCCAUGAGUGAAAUUAAUGGCACUAAAAAGUAAUGGAAAUAAUGGGCAUCACAGAACUAAACCCUGAAUAAAAUCCAUCUAUUUAUACAUCCAUUGUCUUCCACUUGUUCAACAUUGUUUCACAGUGGUAACACUUUCAAGAGAGAAAACAGGACGCACUUCUACCCCAGGCCUUUCCAGCUCAUUCUAGAUCAACCUGAAGCUGCUCCAAGGCCACAGUGGAUAAAUAUUUUGUCCCUCCAGCAAGUUCUACAUCUCGUCCCAGUGGGGUAAUGUGCCUGGACAACCUCCAAAGGAAGAAACCCAUGAGAUCCUGAUGCCCGACAGCCUCAGUCAACUCCUCUCAGCGCAGAGGAGCAGUGACUCUCUUGCAAGCUACCCUCAUAUAACUGAGAUCCUCAUUCUGAUGAGAAGCUCAGAAGGCCCCAGCUUUAGUUUUUCAAAAAGUCAUGAUAUAACUUUGGGUAAAGGUUGACUGCUUAAAAUUUAAGCUUCACUUUCAGCUGAAGCUUAAAUUUUCAGCUAAAAAACUUUAGCUGGUUGUAUUGUGUUGUACUCUGUCAAGGUGAAAAAAUAAUUUUUUCACCUUGACAGAAUACAAUGUUGGUUGCAUUGCUGCAGAAUAACCCCUAUUUAUUGAUGAUUAAUAUUUUAAAAGGAGUCCACUGUGCUAUAAAAUGGUACAUCGAGCCAUUUUACAGCACACUCAAGUAAAUGUGUCACUUUCAGUUGUUACAAAAGUGCAUAUAUCAAGCAUAACAUAAAAAGAAUUUGACGCCUUGAAUUUGGGCCUCUGUCUCUUUAAGAAACUCUUUAAGACACUCCACCUUCAGCACACAAUCACAACAAUGCUUUUUAUAGUACUGUUUAUCACCAUUCUUAGAAUCGCUGUACUAAGAAGUAGUUUGCAUGAUGAGCUCAGCAGACUUGGAGUUCCACCAGAUGUUUUGCUAACAGCUGUUUGUCCUGCUGGCAUUUAAAAGAUUAAUGCAAGUUCAUCUUUAGGUCAACCAAGGUCAGCUAGGCCCCUCAACGUUACCCCACCCCAACAAAAAUUGUGUGAAUAGUUUGUGUUCUGUCUGUGCUGGUUUGCCUCGCAAAGGUUUUUGUCAGCAUGACCUUCUUUUCAAGCUAUUGAAGUAAACAAGUCAUAUUUAGGCUACAGCACCACCUGGUGGUCAAUUUUAGAAUAUUUUCUUUAAUAUUUUAAAAACAUUUAAGAUUACAAUUGUAUAAACACAGACGUUUACAGCUGUUAAACUGGCAGAUAUGGCAGAGAAACUUCACUCAAUUAGUUAAGAUUUAUGCCAGUUGUAAACUCAUCUCUGUGAAAUAAUUACAUUAUUGUAUUUUCCAGUUGGCUACAGUGAAGAAUGAUUGCAGCCACAAUUUACACACUUGUAAGCUUUGGCUGACAUUUUCACAGGCAGGGAAUUUUGAUUAAAAUACAUCAACAUCAGAGUUCACAGCCAACCAGAGCAAUCUUUGAGCUCCAAAUCAGUGCUUGGAUUGCAGAGUUUAACAUAAACUCACCACUGCACUGACCUGCUGGGUUUGUUUGACCAAGAGAGUCCAGACAGAGAGGAGUGAUAUGGGCCUGAUGAAACAGCUGUGUUUGCUGAGACAAGGCAGAGAUGUGUGUGUUGAUUUUCUCUUCUGUAGCCUUUCAAGUGUCCCACAAUGCAGAAUUUGGGUCAAAAUCCAAACAAUAUAAUGAGUAGUUGUAGUGUUUUAGAGCAACAUAAUUACAUAUGCGCAUUAGAAAGCUUUGCAGUUGUGUGACAAGUGUCAGCAAAGAGUGAAAGGACGGACAGCACCUGUGUACACAAACGCAAAGGCAUUCCACUGGGACAAAACUGCAACCCAACCACUGUUUGAGUUUUACCAUUGCAGACAAGCAAAAUGAAAAACACAAAGAUGCAUAACAAAUGCCAAAUAAUUCACAAGAAUUAUUAAUUUUGCAAUGCAAGAUAUCUUCCAAAAUGUACAGUUAUGAGAAUGCAUUUUGCAUUCUCAUAAUUAUCCAUAGAUCAAGACAAACGAUUUCUCAGUUUACUAAUGGUAAAUUUCCUGUUACAGAAUGGGUUCCAUGGGAAAACAGGCAUAAAGUCAAACUGGUUUUGUUUUUUCCCCAACCACUCACAUGGAAGAUGCCUGUUCCCGUGGAGAGGAAAGGAGUAUCAGUAUCUCAGUUUGUCUCACAGCUGAGCAGAAUUUUUACAGGAUUGAAUCAUUUUUGUUCUCACUUAAAACUUCUGCCUGAUGCAAGCUAAAGACACAGAGCAACUUUAGUUGAACCUCUGGCUUUCCUCUGAUAAUAUUGUCCGUAAGCAAACAUGCACAGCGUACUUUUGAUGGCCAGCCCUGUUUCAACACGUAUAGAUGCCAAUGUUAGAUGACUACCAGUGAGUUUUGGACAUCUACCAAGAAAAUGAAAAGAAACCCCAGGCUUGGAAGAACAAAACACUCUUGCCUUUAACAAACAUUGUCCAAAAAAAAAAAAGACAAAAACAUGUGUCUGACCUUCUAUCUGAACAUGUGUCUCACAGAGAGCACAGGUUUUUCCAUAACACUCAGCUGUAAUUAAAAUAUAUUGUCCCUUCAAUAUAUUUAGCACAUCAAACAUUGUCUACACAUCAACAUUAGAUUGUAGGAUCUACAAGAGGCUGCAUUGCAGAUGGUAAAACUGCACUCAGGUCAGCAUCUGUCUUGUAUAUAAACUGAUUAGACACUUAGUCUCCAGCGUGGAGAGAAAAAAAAAGAAAAAAAAAAA